GAAAAACAUACUGGUCAAAGUCCUCCGUAGCCAUUUUGGCUCAAAUUGUUGUUUUUGCUUUCUUUCUCUCGGGACAUUCUCGCCUCGAUCCUUGAAUAUCCCUCUUUCGCUCGUAGCACCCACAGGGGUAGGUCGUCUUCUGUUGCGAUGGCUGGAACCUCCGCUUCCCAGGCUUUCGAUCUUCCCACCGACGAUCAGGGCAAGGCCACCACGCUUCGCUUGCUCUUUUGGGGCCGGACGAAGGAGGCAAACCCCCACAUGCGCGGAUUUUGGUUCGCCACGAUUUCCUUCUUCUGGGCUUUCGUCGGAUGCUUCGCCUUCGCACCGUUGAUGGCAGUUGUGCGCGAAGACAUCGGUUUGUGUGACGGCUUUGACGAGAAGGGGAAGUGCAAGUGCGGUGCUGGCACGGAGUGCAAUAAACUCAUCGGCUUUUCUGGCUUGACAGCAGUUGCAAGCACAAUCUUCGUUCGGGUGUUGCUUGGGGGCUUUCUGGAGAAGUUCGGGCCGCGCAAGGUGCAGGUGGCGCUUCUAAGCCUCGGUGCGCUGUUUGUGGCGAGUUCCGCCGCGAUCACAGACGCAACGGGUCUUAUCGUGGUCCGUUUCUGUAUCGGCGCCGUUGGGGCGACAUUCGUGACGAAUCAGUUCUGGAGUUCUAUCCUCUUCAACAGAAAGAUCGUGGGCAUGACCAAUGCGACCGCCGGUGGCUGGGGCAAUCUCGGCGGUGGGGUCACACAAUCCUUGAUGCCGCUUAUCUAUGGGAUGUUCUUGAACGGCUUCGGCAUGUCAAAGCCUGCGAGCUGGCGAGUCUCCAUGUUUGUUCCGGCUGCGAUAUUCUCGAUCGUCGCAGUGUUGAUGUGGUUCUUCUCCCAGGACACGCCCUGCGGCAAGUUCGACGUAACGCAGUUGGGAAAGAGCAAGGUGUCGCCCGUGGACUACGUGCAGUGCCUCAAGGACCCCCGCGUUCUUACCAUGAUCAUGCAGUACGGCGCCUGCUUUGGCACGGAGCUCGUGAUGAAUAACCGCCUGGCUCUGCAUUUCAAGGACUACGACUGGAGCGACGGCGUAGUACUCAGCGUCGCGGCGGCAGGCCUUGCGGCCUCGGCGUUUGGCCUCGUGAACCUCUUUGCGAGGUCCUUGGGAGGUAUAUUCUCUGAUGUCAUGUUUGCCCGCAUGGGUGUCCCCGGCCGCAUCUGGGCGCAGUUCUUGGCCCUGGCGCUCGAGGGCCUGUGGCUUCUCUUGUUCAGCCACAUGACCGCAUUCAGCGCAGCGCUGCCAUGCCUCCUGCUGUUUUCGCUUGGCGUCCAGUUGGCGGAGGGGACAUCCUAUGGAAUCGUGCCGUUCAUGAUCCCGCAGCAUCUGGGCCCCGUCUCUGCGAUGGUGGGGGCAGGCGGGAACCUCGGGGCCGUCAUCGCGACGCAGCUGUUCUACAUACAGAUGAAGGUCGACGAUGAUCUGAUCCCGUAUCGCGUUCAUGCAGGCUGCGUCCUCUUCUGGGCCUUGAUGACCGUGUUCCUCUAUUGGUCUGACGAACGAGGCAGCAUGUUCACGAAGGGGAUGGCCAAGAACACGGAGGUCGAGGGCGCUGCUCCCAGCCAGGAGAGCGCAGAGGUCGUGGCAUGACGGACAUUCCAGUCAGGGUAUUCUGUCGUUGGCUUUUCGCUCUUCCCGCUGGGUGGGUCCCACACCUGCUUGCGAGAGAAAGUAUCCUCUUAUCGUUUUCCGAGAGAAUUUGCCAGGGUAGAGCCCCGGCAAGGUCUGUUCUCCUUCGUCCUCCUCCCUCCUCGUCCUCCCAGCCCCUGAGAGUUUUUCUAGAAUUCGCUGGUGUGGAGUGCGUGCUUGAAGGCCGUCUCACAUGAGGGCAAGGACGUUCUGCAGCCGUGCUCGCGCGGCAGGAGUCGCGCGACGGAAUGUUUCUCUUCUUUUUCAGCCCUGCAGGCCUAUAACCCUACAGUCCUAUGGCCCCAUAGCCUGAUAAUUUAAUGGGAAGUAACACUCGUAGCGCUCGUACAGUCUGCGAUGUGAUAGUAAUCGUAAGUUUUGCAAUGUUCUUUCAGCAUGUUUUUGGUAGCCUGCAGGGUGCACCCUCUGCAGCCCUUCGUAGCACUUGUGUGUGCUAUACAUGUGCAUCUGUGGCAGCGUGUUUUUGCAACCUAUCCGGAGCGCGCUCUGGUGCGCCUUCGAGCGUUUCUUCGAUUGGUCCGAGGUCGCCAUUUUGGCGGUCUUCGUCAGUCGUGUACCGUCGUUUGUUUCGGAGUGUCGCGCUGCACGUCUCUCUGCGGCAA